AUGCCUACAAGGCUUAACAUCCCUCCGAUAACUCGAAUUGUCCUCGGUGUGUUGAUCUUCCAGUCGCUGCUGAGCGGUGCGAUCCGCUAUCGACAAUGGUCUGGGAAUAGCGACGUGGUCGUCCCUUACCUAGCGCUGAUACCACAGCUUUCCCUGAUAUAUCCGUGGACCUUCUUGACGACUACUCUGGUGGAAAAUAACAUAUUUACAUUUGCGAUCGCGGGGGUGACGAUAUUCUACGGAGGCAGAUACUUGGAGAGAGCUUGGUCGGGCAAGGAAUUCGUCAAAUUCCUGGUUGUCGCAUCCUUGGUGCCGAAUCUUUUGUGCUUCGGAACUCUGGUGUUUUUAUUUGCUGUCACUGGAAACGUCGAUUGGACAUUGACCUCCGUAAAUGGCAGCAUUCCGCUCCAGAUAGCUUUCUUAGUCGCCUUCUCGCAACUCCUACCUUCCCAUACGGUUACUCUUUUCAAGGGCAUUGUUUCCCUGCGAGUGCCUCGAUUUCCUCUCAUCCACAUCAUCACAAUAUUCGCACUAUCGCUUACACCCCUCCUAAGCUCCGCAUCCCUACUGUUAGCAAUCAAUGGCUUCUUCGUUUCAUGGACAUACCUCCGAUUCUACAAAUCUGCGUUUGCAGACCUCGAGGCUCAACAAUCAACGCCUCUACGAGGUGACGCGAGCGAAACCUUUGCGUUCGCGGAAUUCUUUCCAGAUCCCGUAAAACCAAUCAUCGCGGGGAUCUCAGACCAAAUUUACACGAUUCUCGUAUCAUUCAAAAUAUGCACUCCCUUUUCGGCGGCAGAUGUGUCUGCAUCUAGGGGCGAGACGAUAGUACAAAGAGGAACACCAGGAAGUGCUAGGGCGGAAGCAGAGAGAAGGAGAGCAUUAGCAUUGAAAGCGUUGGAUCAAAGAUUACAUGCCGCGACAGCCGCAACAUCAAAACCAAAACCUCCCCCACCAGCAACGGGACCUAGUGUACAAAUACAGCCUCAGCCACAUGUUGAGACAUCAGGGUCAAUGCUGGGGGAAACAAGCUAUGUACCAGACCAUGAGGGGGAUAAACAGUGA